AUGCAUUCACGGGAACCUUCGAACACUUUGCAAAUGUUAUUUGCAGAUACGUCGCAGCAAAGCGCUGAGGAUGUAUCUGGAAAUAACAUAGCGUUUGACAAAGAAUCGAAUACUGAUGAUCAAAAUGAUAGCUUGGACCAAAAGAAACUGACCAUAUUAUCCGGAAAGUUUAGUUUGGCCAUAAGAAAAAGUUGGAAUAAUGAAUUUACAGAAGCCGAAAAAAUUUUGGAAAAGCACAAAGACGGAGUUCCUCGGUGGAGUGUCGCUUAUGCCGAAAUUCAAUUGGUCAAGCAUUUAAUGACCGGCCAAGUUUCGGACAAUGAAACUCCAGAAAUAACUAAUUCGCUUGCGGCGGCUGAAAAAUUGGCCACCAAAGUUGUCGAGAAUAGAGACGAUUUUGAAACUACGCUCGCAGUGUUCAGAAACGAUAUCUGGAAAAUAGAUAUCAAACCCAACAGUACAUCAGCGGAAGAUGAGGCAACGUUCGCAUCACUUCGAGUUAAUUAUCGGUGGGACUGUGAAUUAGCAUUGGCGGAUAUUCUCCUGUUCAGAUCUGUUUUACAGGUGGUCGGAGGUAACGAGAUCAAAGGAGCGUUUAAUUUACGUAAGGCUUGGAAAACGUAUUGUAGAGUGAGGGAUGAGAUUGCUCAGGUUAAGAGAGAUAUAGGAAAAAAUGGCAUUUAUAAAAAUGAUAGUGCAAAUAGCAGCCGGUGGAGUCUUGGAGACGCUCUUUUAGGAAGGAGAGGUAGUGUCGGUAGUAUAGUUGGAUUUGGUGGUGGUAGGGAGGGGUCGAGUGUUUCGCAAGAUGCCUGCAAUUCGAUAGAAGUUGACCCUGAUGUCGAAGAUUGUCUCGAAUUUGGCCUUGGAUUAUUUCAAUUCGUCGUUUCGAUAGUUCCCGGUUCUUUCCUGUCCAUGUUGAGAACCUUUGGAUUUAAUAUUGAUCGCGAACAGGGCAUUAGAAUGUUGGAAAAUUGCUAUUCUCGUGGUGGUUUCAGAGCGCCAUUCGCAUCAUUAUUCCUUUUUGUCAAUUAUCUUUUCCUUACUCGUGGUCUUUCCGAUCCAACAUCCUCGUUAACAAGGGCUGGUGUAAUCUCCAAGGAGUGUGUCGAAAAAUAUCCGAACAGCUCACCGUUCCUUUUCAUGGCUUGUCAGCAAGCGCGCAAAGUUGGCAACAUAAAGGAAGCCAUAGACUAUAUAUCAACUAGCAUCAAAAGUUGUGAAGAGGUUGGAGUCACGAGCACAAAUCAUAGAUUUGAGAUGGGUAUGACGUAUUUGGUGAACCUCGAUUUUUCAUCCGCAAAGGACAUAUUUGAAUUGCUUUUCUAUGGCAAUACCAUUUUAUUCGCUGGCAAAAGAGGAUCCAUACGUCUUCACGGGUCUAUUCGUGAAUCCAUGCGACCUUUUUCAAAGAAAGGCAGUAUGAAAAAAGACAAAUCAUUCCUUCAACUUUUCGAAUUUGAGCUGAGACCAUUUUGUGGGUUGUGUUUGGCAGGCUGUUAUCUUUUAGUUAAAUCUGGUGAGGGAGCGAUCAAGGAGGCUUUAGAUGUUUUAAGACAAACCAAAGAAAUGACCAUUCCAGAAAUAGAGAAUAGUAGCAUCGCUGAUAGUAUUGGACUACUGGGAACGAGCGCAAGUGAAUUCGUGAGACUUGGUACCGGAAUCACCGGCGGAGAUAAGAAAGAUAAAAAGAACAAAACCAAUCGUUAUAACAAAUUUGCCGGUCGGCAUUCGGCUAAAGAUGUAGGAAGAAAUACGGUAUCACCCUUUAUAUUAUUUGUAAUCCUCUAUCUACGUCGAGAUAUAUUUUAUAUGCCAGUAGAAUUAAAGGAUCGAUGGUCAGAAAUGUUGGAGACUAUAUGGGCGAAAAUUGAGAAGCCCACUGAUCCUGACACGAAUGCUGUAUAUUUAUUACUUCGCGGCGUUUUUGAAAAAUUCUUAAAUCCCAAUCCCGACGUGGCUCAAGAAUCACUUUAUGAAUGUUUGACUUUAGAAUCCGGAAUCGUAAAUGAGACAUGGGUCAUUCCCCAUUGUAGAUACGAGCUUGGGGAAUUACUUUACAAGAAAUUUGGAGACGAAGAGGCCGCCAUGGAACAAUUUAAAUGGAUUCUCAACGGGUCAAGACCAAUAUCUCGCGGAGGUCUAGUGCCCCGAAGGGAUAGCAGUAUCAGUGUAUCGUCACUUGCGUCAAGAUCUUCGAUUGAUUCCAAUGCAUCAUUCUAUUUGUCGAAUAGUCCAGACCGGUUCAAGAAAUAUGAAUUUGCCAAAGCCCUUAAAACUCGGUGCUCGAUGGCGGCCGAACAGAUCCGCGGAGGAACAAAAUCCGGGUCGGCCUCAAGUUUACUUAAGGAGUUGCACGAGCAAACAAUUCAGAGCAAGUUGUACGAACAGAGGAUGACUUUAUCUUCUACUGCUGAAAUCGUAAAUAAUGACGGUAACAGUGAUAGUGAGAUACAGAGAAGUAGGGGUGAGCAAAGUAAAGUUGAAAAUGAGAUCACCGAGGAAGAUGAAGGUGUCUCAUUCUCUCCAUUCAAAUUUAAAAAGCGGCACAAACCAAGAUCGCAGAGCUUACCUCAGAAUGACAUUGUUGGUAAAGAGAGUAAAAGCAACAAGGGUAAUGUUAAGGCACUUAAGAAUAAAUUUACUGGAUUUAAAUUCCGGAAUUGUAAACGGAGAUUAGAUCAAUUGUUCAUAUAUUCUAAUAUUGUAACGAACCAAGUUUUGCUUACAGUUGGAAGGACCUUGAAGACCAAAUACCUAAAAUCACAAAUUACAGAUGCCAAGCAACGCCCUCACAAAAUCCGUCGUGAUUUCUGGAAACCAAUUAUAGCUGUCACCGGGUUUAGUUCCUACACGUCGGUGAUGACCACCAACAAUAUAAUUCAACACAAAAUCCGUACUUGUCCUAAACCUCGCGACUACUAUCAAUUGGAACGCAAGGCACGUAUGCAAGAUGACAUGAAUCAACUGGAGAAAAGCGUUUACGGCUUGUGUUAUGCGAUCAAUAGUCUCGUGCAUACCAAAGGAUAUGAACAGGAGGAAUCCAGUAAACUUACGAUAUAUUGGGAACGGUUUGCAUUGAAGGACUUACCCUCAAAAGAUGGGAUAAAGUGGCCAAUGUGUGUAAGACAUGAGAAGUUAAUGCUCAAGAGAGGAACGAUUAUGUUGAAUAAAGAGUUUAAGGUGGUACAGAAACCUGAGGAAGUUAGAGAGGCCAUAAGGAAGGAGAGAUAUUUGAAGAGUAGAAGGGGAAGGAUUGAGGCGGAGAAAAAUGCAAAGAAGCAGGAAGCUGCUAAACAAGCACCAAGAAAAGAGAACGUUGGAGAUGGUACAGAUGGUAACGGUAGUGUUGUCAAGUUGGACGGUAACGGUUCUGAGGGUGGACAACAAUCGACUGUAUGA